AUGCACUUUGACCGCAUCAAGAAGAACGGCGAACGUGCCCACAAGACGCACCUCACCGAAGCCAAUCUGCGGCUCGUGGUGAGCGUGGCCAAGAAGUACAUCGGUCGCGGCAUGGCCUUGCUGGACAUGAUUCAGGAGGGCAACAUCGGCCUGAUUCGGGCGGUCGAAAAAUUUGACUACCGGAAGGGGUACAAGUUCAGCACCUAUGCCACCUGGUGGAUCAGGCAGGCCAUUACCCGCGCCAUCGCAGACCAGGCCCGCACGAUUCGCAUUCCGGUGCACAUGGUGGAAACCAUCAACAAACUGAUGCGUCAUCAUCGCCGACUGUUACAGGAAAAGGGUCGCGAACCCACCACGGAAGAGCUGGCCGAAGCGAUGGAAAUGACCUCCGAAAAGGUUGAGGAGAUCCAAAAAAUCUCCCAGGAGCCGGUGUCGCUGGAAACACCCAUUGGCGAAGAAGAAGACUCCUUCCUGGGUGACUUCAUCGAAGACCGCACUACGCUGGCCCCCGCCGAUGCCGCAUCAGCCCAACUGCUGCGGGAGCAGGUUCAGGAAGUGUUGAGCUCGCUGACCGACCGGGAGAGCCGCGUACUCAAGCUGCGGUUUGGGCUGGAAGACGGUCGCACCCGCACGUUGGAAGAAGUGGGUCGGGAGUUUGGCGUAACACGGGAACGUAUCCGCCAAAUCGAGGCGAAGGCCAUUCGCAAGCUGCGGCAUCCCUCGCGCUCCAAGAAAUUGCGCGACUACCUGGAAUAA